CGCGCGAGGCACGCGACGGCGCCCGCGGGGCCGUCGUCGACAUGGAGCAAGGUCGCCCGGAGGACCUCUUCGAGCUGCUCGAGCAGCUCGGGAAGGGGAGCUACGGCGCGGUGUACAAGGCGCGUCACCGCCCCAGCGGAAGCGUCGUCGCCGUCAAGGUCAUCCCCCUCGCCGGGGAGGACCAGGAGGGCAUCGAGGACAUCCGUCGCGAGAUCGCCGUCCUCCAGCAGUGCUCGCACCAAAACGUCGUCCGCUACUUCGGCUCCUUCACCGGGGACGAGUACCUGUGGAUCGUCAUGGAGCACUGCGGCGGCGGGUCCGUGCGCGACGUCCUGACGACCGGCGGCGCGCCGCUGUCCGAGGCGCAGAUCGCGUACCUGUGCGGCGAGUCCCUCAAGGGGCUCGUGUACCUGCACUCCAUCUUCAAGGUGCAUCGCGACAUCAAGUGCAGCAACAUCCUGCUCACCGAGAGCGGCGGCGUCAAGCUCGCGGACUUUGGCGUCGCCGCGCAGCUCACGCGCACGAUGUCGAAGCGGAAUACGUUCAUAGGGACGCCGCACUGGAUGGCCCCGGAGGUGAUACAGGAGGCGCGGUACGACGGGAAGGUGGACGUGUGGGCGUUGGGCGUGAGCGCGAUCGAGAUGGCGGAGGUGAAACCGCCGCGGCACGACGUGCAUCCGAUGCGGGUGAUAUUCAUGAUCACCAGGGAGCCGCCGCCGACGCUCUCCUCGACGACGACGGGCCCCGGAUGGAGCGCGGCGUUUAACGAUUUCGUCGCGCGGUGCCUUCGGAAGGACACGCGCGCGCGGCCGACGGCGACGGAGCUUCUGCCGCAUCGGUUCCUGCAGAGCAGCGCCGGGUCCGGCGCGAGCUUGGUCCCGAUGAUUCUCGCGUCUCGGAGCGCGAGCGCGAACGCGGCCGCGGCCACGACCGGGACCGGGACCGGGACCGGGACGGGGACGGGCAGCGGCGACGGGUCGGGGCGACCGACGGGGACGGGCGGGAGCGGCGGCGACGACGACACCGGCGGCGACGAAAUCGCUCGCCAGCCGUCGCCGAGUCCGGAAGCGCUGCUCGCGUCCGCGCGGCGGUCGCUCGAUAAGCGCGGCGGUCGCUCGACUCGCGCGGCGACGGCGGCGGCGACGACGUCGACGACGACGACGACGAGGCCGAAGCACGCGCGGCAGCCGAGCGCUUCGAGGACGAUUCGGUUGGAUUCGAAGACGGCGGCGGCGGCGAUGGCGGCGGCGGAGGCGGCGUUGGAGGCGUCGUACGUCGGGGAUACGCCGCCGAUGUCCCCGACGGGCGACGCGCCGCCGACGGGUGGGAGGGAGCUGCCGUCGCCGGACGGGAGCGCGGACGCGGGGCGCGCGGCGGGCGGCGGGGACGACGACGAGAGCGAGUGGGAUUUCGGGACGACGAGGGUUCGCGGCGGCGGCGGCGACGACGACGUCGACGUCGACGGUACCGUCGUCAGGCCCGACGCCGGCGGCGCGGCGACGGAGAGCGGGCUCGACAACGAGAUGCUCAUGCGGAUGUUCGUCGGGCGGAGGCUCACGGACGACGAAACCGGCGCGGCGAGGGCGGGCGCGCCUCUCGUCUCGGCCGGCGCGGGCGGCGGCGGCGGCGGCGGCGGCGGCGGCGGCGAGGACGACGACUCGGACGACUCCGACGACCCGUGGGGCACCGGACCUCGGCGCGUUUCGACGCCGGAAGGGACGACGAAACCGGACCCUGAUCCGACCGCGGGUCCGGGUCGAAAUUCGGCGUCGUUCCCGAUCGACGGUCGCGAAGAGGCGGCGACGGGCGCGACGGGCGCGGCCGCGUCGUCGUCGUCGUCGCCACCGCCGACGCCGCCGCCGCGGUACCUCGCGCGAACGACGAAGGAAGCCGCGGACCUCAUCGCGAACGACCUCACCGUCCCUCGGCUCAACCCGGACGGGAGCUUCAACGCGAAGGGCGUGCUGGAAUACUUCGUGGGCAAACCCGCGAACGCGGUCGACGACGAAGCGACGGAGCCGACCCCGUUCACGCCGGAGACGUGCCCGUGGCACCCGGACAACGUCCGCGCGCACGCGCUCCGGUGGUACGUCGUCGACGAGGACUGUAACCCCGUCCGCGAGGAAGGCGACGAGAGCGACAGCGACGACUCGAGCGACGACGACGACGACUCGAGCGACGACGACGGCGCCGCCGCCGAGGAACCCACGACGAUAACGAACUGCAACAUCGCGGAGCGCGUGCGACGGAUGUUGCGAAGAGCGCCGCCGCCGCCGCUGCCAGACGCGGCGACGCUGAAGCGCUGGGUGACGCGGCAAGACGAGGAAGACCGUUCCGCCGCGCGCGUCCGCGCGUCGCGCGAACGCGGCGACGUCGCGCCCGAGCUCGACGCCAGAGCGGACUCGGACGGGUACGUCGACACGGACGAGGAACGCGAGGAGGCGGAGGCGAAUGCGCAGGGGCCGUACGUCGGCGGCGUCAUCCCGGAGGACGUCCUGAGACGGUACCUCGAGGAGCUCGAGGCGACGCGUCUCGCGAGCGACCCGGACGCGUCGUCGAGCCGAGUCCGCGUCCGCGCGGAAGACCUGCCGUAUCGCGCGUACCUCGACCUCGGGGACAAGAACACGGACAACGUCCCGCUGGACGCGCUGCACGAGACGGACCGGCUCGUAAUCUUUCGCGCGUACUGCGUCGCCGCGGAGGUGCCCGUCGCCGUCGCAGAGAAGAUGGCGGAGCGGAGGGAGCUCGAGAUCAUCGUGCGAUGCCUCGCGUGGCACAGAGGCGUCGCGAACGGCGCGAGCGUCGUCGCGAGGAACAAGAACGCGUGCGUGCGGUUGCGGAGGGCGGUGAAGGAGCUCGUGGGGGGGUGGACGACGCGAUGA